AUGGCCCGCCUAGCUCGUCUCUCUGCGCUUCUCUCGCUUCUUCCGCUCAUUGCUGCGAGGCCCAGGGCUCGUCAGUCGAGCGGUCUCAACGACCUAGCUCAAGCUGCGGGCAAGAAGUACUUUGGCUCAGCGACGGACAACCCCGAGCUUACAGACUCGGCAUACGUUGCCAUCCUGAGCGAGAGCUCCGAGUUCGGGCAGAUCACUCCCGGAAACAGCUGGAAAUGGGAUGCGACGGAACCAUCGCAGGGAACGUUCACGUUCACCAACGGAGAUGUAAUUCUGGACCUCGCUGAGUCGAAUGGCCAGCUUCUGAGAGGUCACAAUUGUGUUUGGUACAACCAGCUUCCCAGCUGGGUGACCUCGGGCUCCUGGACCGCGGACACACUGUCCGAAGUUGUGUCCAACCACUGCGGCUCGCUCGUCAGUCACUACGCAGGCAAAACGUACUCCUUUGAUGUUAUCAACGAGCCGUUCAAUGACGACGGCACUUGGCGUGCGGAUGUCUUCUACAACACUAUGGGCACAGAUUAUAUCCCCGUCGCACUAGAGGCCGCACGUGCUGCGGACCCCGACACAAAGUUGUACAUCAACGACUACAACAUCGAGUCUCCCGGUGCGAAGGCGACAGCUAUGGUCAACUUGGUCUCAGAGCUCAAGGCCAACGGCACACCGAUCGACGGUGUUGGUCUUCAAGGUCACUUCAUCGUCGGUUCCACACCCUCGACUUCCUCCAUUCAAUCAGUCAUGCAGUCGUUUGCCGAUCUCGGUGUUGAAGUUGCGAUUACUGAGUUGGACAUUCGUAUGACACUGCCUGCUACGGAUGCCCUUCUAGCUCAGCAGAAGACGGACUACCAGAAUGUCAUCGCCGCGUGCAUGGCCGUCGACGCGUGUGUCGGUGUGACCGUCUGGGAUUACACGGAUAAGUACUCUUGGGUGCCAAGCACGUUCUCUGGUCAAGGAGCAGCAUGCCCGUGGGACGAGAAUCUGGCGACGAAGCCCGCGUACGAUGGUAUCGCAGCGGCGUUAUCAGCUUGA